GCGGAGCGCGAAGUAACGGCUGCGUUACGCGCACGGUUCACCGCCGCCGCCGCCGCCGCCACCGCGGUCCCUCGCGCGUAAACGAGCGGGUGUUAACGCUCGAAUUUGAAGCCCUCAACGAGAUACGCGCUUCUUCGGUAGCAUCGAUUUAAUAAUAAAUGGACUACCGAGGACUACGGUGAAUAGAUUCUGUAUCUAUUCUAGUGAGUUCAGUGCUUCGUUGGCGACUCGAAUUGUAACAUGUACCGAAGAAUGCAACGGUUGUGCGUUUCGCUGUUGACGCUGGCCGUCCUGGCUGGAGCUCGACCGGACGACAGGUACGAUGAAACGUCGAUUUACUACACGGAACCGACGACGCUGAUGAACGCCAGCGGGGUGAACAAUUGGAACAACGGUCUUUAUGAGCUACACGGCGGCCACAUUGUCCGAGGUCAGCGAUUGCUAUCGAGAUCGAAGAGUCCUUACUUGCUGCGAGAAGACUUGUUCGUCGAGAAGGACAGCGAGCUCGUCAUCGAGCCCGGCGUGGAGAUUCGUUUCGUCCCGAUGGUCGGCAUCACCGUCCGCGGUAUCAUAACUGCCGAGGGUGAAGCACACGCGCCAAUCUUACUGACUGCAGCGGAAGUAGAAACAGAGGUUCCAGCUCUUCGAACAGCACCUACGAUACGCCUUGUUGACGGACCGAGUCCGCUAGCGGGAAGGUUGCAGCUCUUUCAUCAAGGCGCCUGGCGUUCCGUCUGCACGAAUUCGCGAAACUGGACUCGCGCGGACCUGGAGACAGCGUGUCGGCAGCUCGGUUAUCAGGGCGGACAGUGGUGGUCAUGGAUCGAUAGACAAUGGCCCUCCAAACCGCGUCUUCUUUACGAAGAACCUGGUUGUCGUGGUACCGAGCCCUCGUUAACGACUUGCGAACGUUGGUCGGGAAGAGAAUUGGGCGCCGGUGUUUGCGAUUAUCAUCCGGAUCUGGGCAUUUCUUGUCUGCCUCGUCAUGAUGGUGCGACCAAGGCGAUCAAGCAUUGGCGAGGAUUACGGUUUGAGGACGCGGUAUACCAUAAAUUGCUCACUCAACAGAAUACGCUUUACGUGCGUCAAUCGCGAUCCAUUUUGCGGAACACGGUGAUCGAAUAUGCUGGGACCGGGAGAGAGUACAAUGUAACAUCGGCGAUUCACGUGGAAGGCGUACCACCAAGAAUGGAGUCGAUUUCUGUUCUCCAUUCUGCUCUGACGGGUAUUAACGUCACCACAUCUGACGCACCCGUUGUGAUAAAUAAUUGUACUGUGCAAUAUAAUAGAGGAUACGGGAUUUAUGUAAAUAGCUCGUCCGGCAUGUCGUAUAUCAAUAACUGCACGGUGUUAGAGAACGGAGCGGAUGGAAUCAAGUACGUGCAUGCUGACGAGCGACCGGACGACAAGCUGGAUCGUAACGACGUGUACGAUUUGUGCACAUUCCCUACAACGGCUAGUCAGACCUUUCCCGUCACUGUAUCUAUGGAGCAGAAUAAAUAUGCACCCAACGUAAAACGAUGUCCACAACACAUUUUCACGAGACCGGGCCAUGUCCUGACAGUGCAUUUUUUGCAAAUGAAAACUGACAGAAAUGAUAGCGCCGUUGUAGAAGUUCACGACGGUUUAAGCGGUGCGGACAGACUCUUGGCCAGUGUUAAAGUCAGAAAUGGAACAUUACCGCAGAGUGUGACUUCAACGCGACAAAAUCUUUUUAUUAAGUUCAGAGCUCAACCGCGGACGAAUACAAUCGUGUUCGUGCGAGUAUCAUCGGGUUAUAAGAAAACGUAUGAUCUCAAUGUGACCGGCAGUACAAUAACAGGCAAUAAUGGUCGUGGUAUCAUCGUGGAAAAGCUAAGAUCCGCCUUACAUAUCCACGAGACCUCUGUAUCGAAUAACGAUCAUGUGGCAGGUGUGCAUGUGCUCGGUGGCGCGAUGGACGUCAACAUCACCGACAGUCGCAUUUCGUUCAAUCAAGGCGACGGCGUUAACAUCACCGUUACGGGUGGUAAUCGUAACGUGUCGCGCAGCAGUAUAUCGUCCAACAGUGGUUACGGUUUCGCGGUAUGGCUAAACGACAGCCUUACCACCGAAUACAUACAUUUUAAUCAAUCGACUGUGAUCGAGUAUUCACAGAUAUUUCGCAAUAAGGACAUUGGUGUUUUGAUCGGUAAUUCAACUGGCAACUCAUACGUAAACGUAACUGGCAACUGGUUCAAUACCAGCCUUGAAACUGCAUUGCAAGUAGAAUCCAGUUGGAGGAAAGACAAUGGAAUAAUGAGAGUGCAGGUCGGGCACAACUCGUUUAUAAAGAAUGCGAAAUUAGGGAUCCAAUUGAGCCCGGCACUCAAUCUCGACGCUAUUAUAGAAUACAACCAUUUUAGAGAUCAAGCGACCGGCGCGAUUCUGAUAAAAAAUCCACUGUACGAAGAAUUUAACGUCUUGCCAGCGGAAAUCGUGAUUCGACAUAACGAAUUCUACAACAAUCGAGGUACCUUUGUGGUCAGCAUCGGUUUAUCGCCUUACAAUGACGCACAGAAGUUACUAUUCACGAGAAAUUUUCUGCGAGAAAAUCGUGUCCGAGAGUUGUUUGACAACGGCAAUAUGCAAAAUGUAAAAUUAAUACCACGCUCCAGGGUAGCCGCUGUCGUUGUCAUAUCCUCGAGCAACGUCGAAGUAUUCCGUAACAUUUUACAUAAUCCCGAGUCGCCUUACGAAAUCGGCUCUCAUCUAGAAGAUCAAAGUAAAGUUAUCAAUUGUACCUACAAUUGGCUAGGAUCUGGAGAAGAGAAGAGGAUAUUCGAUCGGUUAUUCCAUAGGAAGGAUAGAUACAAUCUUGCCAAAAUUGAGUAUUUGCCUUACUUGCUGCACAGCAGCAAUCCUGGUGCGAAUACUAUCAUUCCGAAUCCGACGUUUGUACCGCAGUUUGUCACACCUGGUACGAAUCUAGUUGGAGGUGAGGUUGACGGCCAGGAGGAAUUAAAAGCCGGAGAAUACAUUGUUGAACGUGAUAUUAAUGUGAGACCAGGCGGUAAACUAAUAUUGCAACCGGGCGUUACGUUACGCUUCCCACCGGCCGUGGGAAUGAUGGUCGCCGGUAAACUUGACGCGCGCGGUAAAAAACCCAGCGAUAUCUUUUUCACUCUCAAAGAGGAGCUCGUUGUUUUACCAAAUAACGAUACCUUUGCGGAUGAAGAUACGAUUCAAGUUGAUGAGACAGAAACCGUGCCAGUAAGACUUCUCGGUGGAAAAACAAAUCUCGAAGGCAGACUGCAGGUAAAAAUUGGAAAUAAAUGGGGCACUGUGUGCAACUAUGGAUGGACGAUUCUGGAUGCGGCUCUCGUUUGCCAUCAAUUAGGCUUUAUUCUCGACUUCGAGAAUUGGUUUAUGGAACGGUCGGAUAUUCCGAACGCGGGAAUCAAUGAGGAUAUAUUUCUCAGCAAUGUGCGCUGUAACGAAUACGACAAUGACAUAACUAAAUGUCGGGCGGAAAGAGAACAGGAUUUUGAAAACUCAUGCACUCACGCGAACGACGUCGGUGUCAGAUGUUUGGAGGCGGCAUGGGCGGGUCUCAGAUUGGGACCACUAGCUCAGAGAAGCGAUCUGCAAUACGUGACGAUCGAAAAGGCAGGCUUACUAGAUUACAAGACAAAUUCGUUCAAACCAGCUUUGCAAAUCGAUUUUGCCCGGCAUUCUCUGGACGGUGUCAAGGUCUUUAACAAUUUGCAAGAUGGCUUGGGAGUUCUAUAUUCGGACAUAUAUUCGGCGGACGCGAUAAAUAUCGUGACGAAUAGCGACUUCUCUCAAAACGGCGGAAGCGGAAUCAGCUUUAAGCAGUUAGGCAUGCGGAUUAUCAACUCACGAAUCGAGGGCAACAAAGUCGCUGGAAUAAGGCACAAUCCUGCUCUUUCGGCCGUUCAACAGAGAGAAUUCGCGGGAUGGUUUCUGCGCGCGCCAGACACCACAAUCGACUCGCCAUACAAUCCGAUAAUCUUGCCGGAGAUGAACGAGAGCAUCGAACUUGCUAACGGGGAAACGAAAUACAUUAUAACUACUAAAGUAACCGGCGAAUCCGUCCCCCGUACCAUCAAUAUUAAAUGUACCCCAGGCUACGUCAUCGGUAUCCAAUUGUUAAACCCUAUAGAGAAUCGAAGUUCAGAACAAAUCAUACUACACGACUCACCACGUUUCAAUAAGAAUCAAACAAUUUGGCACGUGAAACGAGACUUGAGCGUUUUCCCCGUCUCAUCCAGUUCUUUCGUAGUGAUUUUGGAGUACAAUAGUGGUGAAAAUUCCAUUGGUGGAACAGUUAUAGCUGUCACAUCUCUCUUGGCUCCAAUACAGAAUAUUCGCAAUAAAAUAGUUAGCGGUCCUAUUCCUUCGCUAAUAGUUACAAAGUCGAGAAUCAAAAGCAACCAGAAAGGUGUGCUCGCGUCCUACUACAAUCGUUACUUGAACGAAAUCGGGGAUCAUUUUCUACGAAAGGCCAACGAAACUAUUCAGCUGGUCGGAUGCGAGAUAUCACACAAUCACGAAGAGGCCUUUUAUGUGUAUUCACCUCAUUGGAAUAUCUUCCAAUCCAAUCUGUCUGAGAUCUCGAUACACAUAAAUAACACCUUGAUCACAGACAACGGCAAAGGGAUACAUCAGUUUAGCCGCGACGCGAGGCACUCUAAUAACCUCUUCCAUUGGAUAAUACAGGACAGCACGAUCGAAAGAAAUCAUGGCGGUGGAUUCGAGGUGUUGCUGCCGGAUGUCUGGCAGUACAACGAAAACUUUACGCACUCGCUGUACUUUGGGAACAACACCUGGCGUAACAACGAACAGUUUGGUUUUGUGAUAGACGGACAUUUCGCGCAUCUCAAUAUGUCCUACAAUCAUUUCGACAGCAAUCGCUGUAAGACCGGUUUGAUAUCCGUGCGUGGUAUGGAGAAAAAGAUGAAAAUUGACAAUAAUCGUAUCGAAAGUAACAACGGCGCCUACAUGGUUGAAUUUCGAGCGGAUAGUCAAUCCGAAAUCCUCGGUGACGUUUACGCGCGCUUCUAUUUGAACGAGAUCAAGCGAAAUGUAUAUGAUCUCAUCGGCAUGGGACCGCGCCGGACGUUCGAUGAUCCAAGCUACGUUGUCGGCUUUCACGGCAUACAAAAAGUACGGGUCAAUAGAAAUCUCUUUGGCGAAAACUCGCUGGAUUACGAGUUACUGGCGGGUAUUAGAACAGCUAAAAUCAACAACGAAGUAGACGUCAUGGAGAAUUGGUGGGGUACCGCUAACGACACUUCUAUCAGAUCGAGAAUUUUCGACUUUGACGAUUGGAACGAUCACGCCGUUGCAAACUACCGGCCAUAUCUUAUAGGCGACUCAUUUGAUGCGUCUAUUUCCGCGUCGUGGCAUAUAAAUCGGGAGAUCGACUUGGACAAUCUGGGCGGUCGCAUAGUGGACAGCCUUUCACUGCACGCGAGACCCGAGCCCUACAUCGUACGUUCCGACAUCACGGUCAUGCCGGAAGCUACCUUGCAUAUCUACCCCGACGUUGUAAUGGAAUUUGCUCCCAAUGUCGGCAUCCUAGUUCUGGGAACGCUAAAAGCCAUCGGUGUACCCGGCCACGAGAUUGUAAUGAGACCGAUGAAACGAGUUGACGCGAAUGUGAAUUCUACGUUCUCCAAGCCAACGCCGAUUAAAACUCACGCUAAUCUCGUGUCGAUGCCGGAUGAAACAAUCCGUCUAUGCAAAGAUGGACGUUGCUCCGCAUUACACAAUGAAGGAUUCCUAGAGUACUUUAACAAAACGACUCUACAGUGGAUCCCCUUGUGCGACGAUCGAUUUAGCGAGCGCAACGCUCAAGUGGCAUGUCGACAACUUGGUUACGACACUCUCAAUGUUUACGUAUCGUACGAUCGUAGGUACGAGCUUCAUCCUGGAUCGUUAACGCGUGUCUGGUCUUGGCCCGAACCAUUGCAGUGUUCCGGAAAAGAGCAAAGUCUUGAAGACUGCCAGAUUAGAUUGAACGGUCAGUUGUUCGGUCAUCGGCACGAAUGCCCGUGGGAUAGGCAAUUUGUCUUCCUACAUUGCGGCAAGCGAAACUUGGACGACGCGUACGAUUAUUGGGGCGGAAUACGUAUUGCGAACAGCGAAUUUGAGCAUCAUCUGUAUGAACACCGCAUCCACGACGUCAUGACCCAUGAAACUGUCAGGCGCGUCGAAUCGGUUCUCAGAUGUAUCAAUAUAACUGGUGCUGGAAUUUUACACUAUGAGAAAUCGUCCGCUAUACAGUCGAUCAUAAAGUCUCCGGCGAUGGUGCAUGUUAAUAUAGAUCGCAGUGCUUAUCACGGCAUCAAUGUUGUAUCUCCGACAAACACGGUGGAAUUAUUAUUCAAUACGAUUAACAACGUCCUUGGCAACGGUGUAAAUGUAUUAUCCUUGACGGGAGAAGGCCGUGAGGCGGACGAGAGCUCGUUCACGCCUAUUAAGGAUCUUAAUAUUCCUUAUCAUUUAUUCAGCAUGGUCGAUAUAUGUGAUACUACGAAAGAGAUCACGAUCGAGGAGCGUGUGAUUGUGUACUACAAAUAUGAUAAUUAUCCCGUAAACUGCGUGAAAAUCUUUCGCAGUGCUUACAGAGCUAAACCUUUUGGAUUUAGGCUUCUGCAAUUUAAUCUUUAUAACUCUACCGGCAAGCCAGGCCGGCAUGACAGUAUAACUCUGUACGACGGAGACAUUUACAAUAUCACCACGAAGGAGAUUGGUCAUUUGGAAGUUAACACUCCUGACGAGAAGAAAUUAUUCAGAACGCAGAAUCCCAGUAUUAGUAUUCGAUUGUUCGCUAAUGGCGCCAGCAAUGUGCAUGGAUUUUUCGCGGAAAUCGUGACUCUUCCAAUAUCUGCGAUUGGUUUUAAUCGUGACGUACAACACAACGUUUCCUAUUCUGUGAUAUCAAACUGCCGUGAAGGAGCUAUAAAAUAUGCAAGUGCCGGCGAAGUGAAUGCUAUAAUGACGCUCGAGCGUAAUCAGUUUAUAAAUAAUUGCGAGAAAUUAUACGGUAACUUUACCACGUGUAAAUCUGCACUUUGGCUCGACGUCCAAAAUACGCAAUCGCUCUAUUUUAGAAAUAAUUUGGUACAACGAAAUCAAGGUGGUCUUUCUGUUCGUGCCGACUCGAGAGGUUCGGCAACGUCCCUGAAAGGAUGGAUUCACAAUAAUCUUUUUACGGAAAACUUCAACAAGCCUGCAUUGUAUGUCGAGGGUCGUCAGAGCAGUCCCUAUCAAGAAGUGACUAUAUUCAGAAAUUAUUUCACCAAAAACAACGCUCCCUACGAUAACAACAUCGUUUUGAAGCAAGUAGUUAGCAACAUGACGCUUAAUUACUUACAUGGAAACCUCGGUAUGCACUUGCUGGAGAUUUCGGGAUUCGAGAAAGUUCGUUUACCCAUCUAUCAAAGCACAUCUCACAAUGGCUUUUACAAAAAUUACGCAGUCGAUCGUGAAGGUCGUAGUACUAUCAUUGCCGGUACACCCGGCCAGCAGUACGUCGAUAAUGUAUUCUUUAAUCCCGAUAACGAUUACGAGAUGCUCACGACAAACAGAUCUCAACAACUGGAAAUGUGGAAAUCUUACAUCGACUCCUAUAUAGACGCACGGCAUAACUGGUGGGGCUACAAUGAAACUUUGGCGGUGGCUGGACGUAUCAGAGAUCGUGGAGAUUCGCCUGAGCUGAUACAGGUGAAUUAUCAACCUUUCCAUAUGAAUAAUAGAUCGGUAUUAAGCGGCAAGUGUCCUCCCGCCUGGGAUCUUGUUGGUGACACGUGUUACAUAUUGAUCGGCGCACCGAUGGACUUUUACAGCGCACGAGACUUUUGCAGGUCGGCAAACGCAUCGAUGCCAUUUGUCAUGGGGGAUUAUCUGAACCUUUGGAAAUUCGCACGCAAGCAACAGGAACGAUUCGAUUAUUCGGAACGUGUAUGGGUGCAACAAUUAGAACGCGUGGAUCAAUGCACGGUGUUCACAUAUCAGACCAUCGAGAUCGAUCAUUGCGCGCAACCCAGUUCGUUCAUCUGCGAGAUCGAUCCCAGAGUCAACAUCGAUCCUUUGUCGUGGAGGAAAGAUAUCGUUGCGGUGGGUGUUUUGGGAGCCGUUGGCGUCGCGCUCGCGUUGCUAACUGCAGCUAUCGUUUUGUGGGCGUCCAAAUCGAAGAAGCGUAAGCUCGAGAGACUAGAGCGACGCAAUUCCAUCAGACAGUCCCUGCAUUCUUUACGAUCGGUCGGCUCCACGUCCGGUUUCACGGAGCUUGCUUAUCGGCGAAAACCUAUCGCGACGAAACAUUCCACGGACACGCUAAAUUCGAAUUAUAAGCGUAUGUUGAAUGGCGGUAGCCUGGACUCGAUGGACAAGUCGCAACUGAACUCCUCGAUAGAGGACAAUCAGAGUUACGAUGUGUACGAGGCUCACAAUCCGCGGUAUUCGCCGAGCACGAGCGACUUCAAGAGCACGGCGCAGAAGUAUGGCACGGCGCAAAGCGUCGACAAUCCGGUCUUUGACCUAGCGUAUCGCAAUGAGGGCUUCCGCAAUCAUUCCACUUUCGCAGCAAGGAACGGCACCGCCACCACUGCCGCCGUUGCCGUCGCCACCGCCGCCGCCGCCGCGACUUCUAACUGGCCAUCGCAGCCAAAUGUGCAGUCAACAUCGGUCGACGAGAGUCCCACGGUGUAUCCCAACAAUGAAUCGUAUUUUAACAAUACAUCUACAUUGCCGUUGCAUUCCAGUCUCGCGCUCACUGACUCAAUGAGCGAACUGAAACGCGACAUUGAAACAUCGUCGGCCGCUUAUGAUCCUGUGGAUUACGACUCGAGACGUGCCUACGAAACGGCCACGUUAACGCCGAGUCAGGCGUCCGAGCCUGUCCCGGAAUAUGCGCCAGACUACCAGCCACCGAUACCGCCACAUCCUUAUCAUUACGAGCCCGAAAGUAGACCAAGAAGCGAGGCGCUACUAGAAACUAACUUCGACACAGGCGAGGAGAAGCCACUGCGCUCGAAGAGUGAGGUUCUGCUCGAAACAAAUCUCGAUGCCUUCCUAGUUAAUGAGCCCACGGAACUCACACAGUUGUCAUCGACCGCGCGUAGCAAGAGUCAACCGUUGGAAACGGCGAUGUAACCGAUAAUAAUUCACUGAACAUUGGUGGUGAAUCUUUGGACGUUGUCCACAAUCAGGCACAAUCGAAGUGUGUGCCAAAACGUCUUGCAGCGACGAGCACUGCCACAGCUAUCGCACAAUAAAAGAUUUUCAAUUGUAACAAUAUGCUGCCGAUUUAAGCGACUCGUGCCAUUUCCAAUGAUUACGAACUGAAUAUUGGAAUACACGUGCACAGCAAGUCUCGAUGAAAAAAAAUUAGUACUAUCAACAAUCGUCUCAUAUAAGGAAGAAUAUAAAAUUUUUAAAGAAUUUGAUAAUUUUAAACAGACAUAACUUGCUUAUAUGAAGAAAUUUUGUACGAAAUUUUGUUGAAGUUUUAUCAAGAAAAAAAUUCAUUU